UCGAGAUCGAAUGGUUUCGUAAUAUCAAUCGCAGAAAAAAAAACAAACCAACUAACUUAGUGAUCGUCAACAAAAUAGAGUUGCCUGCCCUUGAGAUUAGGAAUGGGAUGAAGUACAUAAAGCUCAUCAGAAGAUGGCGGAUUCACUAAGUUUAUUUCAGCAGUUGCCGGAUUCUGUUCUCCUGCACAUUUUUUCCUUUCUGGAUGGAGUGACUCUUACCACAGCAUCCUCUGCCUGUGUGCAAUGGAACAGAGUGGCCAGUGAUGAAGUCUUGUGGAGAGAUUUGGUGACAAGGGUUAUAAAGAAGAAUGCCCCGCUUGCCCAAGACAAGAUCAGCUGGAGGGGAGAGUACAAGCGCCUCCUGUACCACGUCCCCACCGAGCUGUCACAGGAAGUGACCGGCCACACAGAUGAGGUGUACUACCUGUCGUUUUCUCCCAGUGGACGAUACCUAGCUUCUGUAGGGAAAGAUGGAACAUGCCGGUUAUGGAAUUAUGGCAGUAAAGUAACCUUACAAAAUACAGUUGGCCCAUUCUUCAACCCUCCACCUAAAACUCGAUUUUGUGAGUUUAACGAGUCCGAGACAAUGUUAUUGAUCACGGGACUGACACAUAUCUUUGACCUUGAGGGAAGCAUUUUUGCUGCUGUUGUCUCCGUCCCUGAUCUUAGUCUGCUGUAUGCAGUUAAAGGAGAGUUCCCAAACUUCAGGGGUGCUUGGUUGAAUGACACACAUUUUUUGAUUGCUAAUCGAUUUUUUAAUCAAGGCAACUACUUCAAACUAGAGGCUCAUGAGGUCAAUUCAACAGUUAAAAAGAAAGGCAAGAGAAUAGAGGAACUGUUUGUGAAGUGUAAAAGUAAGGCAAAGACAGUUCUGGUGGCACGUAAUUAUAGGUCAAGGAACGACUUCAUCCGAGUGGUGGACCCCAGGAGGUGGGGAGAUUUAAGUCAAUAUUAUGACUUCACAAAUGAACAUGAUGAGGAAGUCAAAUCAGGCUCAUCUGACUGUCUGCAAGACCAAACAAAGUGUGAACCAGCCAACAGUGGGGACAAUGUAUCUGAUAUUGAAGUAGAUGGGGAUGAACUAGAUGAUGAGAAGGAAUUUAAUCUUAACCCCAGAAAUAAUUAUCUCAGUGAUGAAGAUUUAAGUAGUGAUGAUAGCAUGGAUGAUGAUUCUGUGUUAGACGAUAUGGAUGAUUUUGCGGUCUAUUACAAAAUGGUUCAGGAUGCCAGAGGAAGGGCUAAAGAUUCUCAGGGUCAGAAAGAAAAUGCUAAAGAUCAGAGGACAAAAGAGGAAGAAUCUCGACCUUACUGCGAGGUUCUUAGAGGGAUACAAGGCACGGGAGGGAAGAUCAUCCAGCUCGUACACAGCUCACGACACGACAUUGAUAGGUGUUCUAUUACUUUCUAUGCUGUAAAGGAAGGGGAGGCAACUUCUGCAAAACCAUUUAAAAAACUAAAAAUGGAUGCUGGAAUUCUUGGCCUCAGAACCAGCUUGGAUCACAGGUAUAUUGUGUACAGCUUUCGUAAUAUGAAGGAGAUGGAACAUUUCUGGGGGUAUGAGCUGGAAAUUUUGACCGUUGUUUAUGACGUAAUUUUAGACCAGUGUUGGAACACAGUGUUUGUGGGGGGUACCUGUUCCUCUGAUGAUCACCUUAGUUACAUCUUUCCUGAUCUUAGUCAAGAUUUUGUGGCUAUAGGUGAUGAGACUGUUCAGGGCCAUUUGUGGGACCAUCAUUAUGGAUCGGAGAUACAGUCCAACAUCAUUCACCAAGACUCUAACGGACAGACUUAUGGACUGAAUGCCGUGACAUUCCACCCCCAGGACCAGGAAACACUGGUCACUGCAGGAGAUGAUAAACUCUUGAAGGUAUGGAGAUCUAAAAACAGAAUGGAUGAAAUAUCAAAGUUAAUAUUCACAGACUUCAAGGGGAAGAAGAAAAACUGUGACAAUGAAACAGAUAAAACUGAUGAUAUAGAAGAGGAUUCAACAGAUAAUAAAACUGAUAAAAAGAAAAAUCCCUCACGCCGCUCAAAACUUUGUUCCUGCAUCAAAAAGAACAAUGUUUGAUAGUGAUGUGGUAACAUGUACAAACAUGUACAUGUAUUCACCUUGUUCAUAUACAAGGCAGUGGAUGAAUAUUUUAGUACAAGUUGUUUAAUACGAACACUUGCAUGAUUUUGUAAGAAUUUGCUCUAUUUAUAAUGUAAAAUGUGUAAAAUGUUAAGUUUUUAUAGAUACCUCUGGUAUGAUUUUUUAUAAAAUGUUAAAUCUA